CUCCGCAGGGAGCCCCCACUCCCCCUGCAAAAGUUUUGGGCACGAUCCACUCUGUCACUCGGGACAGCGGUGCGUGAGGCAGCGCGGAGGUGUGUGCAAAUGUUGACGGACUUUAAAUUUUGGAGCCAUCCAGUGCGAGGUUUCAAGUAACCCCAUCCCUUCUUUGUCUCUAGGCUCGCUUCUCAGCGUAACCAAUUGUCUCCGAGUGGCUCUGGAGGCAGACCCGAGCGGUCGCCGUGCGUGUUUAUGGAGACAAAGGAGGGAAGAAGCAUGUCCCGUCUGUCUCUAACACGGUCCCCAGUUUCUCCUCUGGCUGCUCAAGGAAUUCCUCUCCCAGCUCAGCUCACCAAGUCGAAUGCUCCUGUGCACAUCGAUGUAGGAGGACACAUGUACACCAGCAGCCUGGCUACCCUGACCAAGUACCCAGACUCCAGAAUAAGUCGUCUGUUUAAUGGCACAGAGCCUAUUGUCUUGGACAGUUUAAAACAACAUUAUUUCAUUGAUCGAGAUGGUGAGAUUUUCAGAUAUAUAUUAAGCUUCCUAAGGACAUCUAAGCUACUGCUCCCAGAAGACUUUAAGGACUUUAAUCUUUUAUAUGAAGAAGCAAAGUAUUACCAGCUGCAGCCAAUGAUUAAGGAACUUGAGCGAUGGAAACAAGAGAAAGAACAAAGGAAACAUUUCCAGCCUUGUGACUGCUUGGUUGUAAGAGUGACUCCAGAUCUGGGGGAAAGAAUUGCAUUGAGUGGGGAGAAAGCUUUGAUAGAAGAGAUCUUCCCUGAGACGGGGGACGUCAUGUGCAACUCUGUAAACGCAGGCUGGAACCAAGACCCUACCCACGUUAUUAGGUUUCCUUUGAACGGAUACUGCCGGUUGAAUUCAGUGCAGGUGCUUGAAAGAUUAUUUCAGAAGGGAUUUAAUAUGGCAGCUUCCUGCGGUGGUGGGGUGGAUUCCUCUCAGUUCAGCGAAUACGUGCUGUGUCGUGAAGACAGACGACCGCAACCUACCCCAACGAUCAGAAUAAAACAGGAGCCCCUGGACUAGACCCUACCUGUACUCCUCUGUAACCAUAGAAGUGUUUAAUAGUCCCUUAUGUGAAACACUAAGGAUUUGCAAAACAGUAUUAGCAAACAGAUUUUGACUUUAUGUUGCCAAUUAGUGGUAUUCUGAAACUACCUGUCACAUAGCCAGCCAUGAAACGCGUUUGAAAAAUCAGCUGUCUGCUCUCCACGAUGAAAUUACUGAGCAUGCUCAGCAUACCAGGCUCGGUGGGAACGUACUUUGAGCUGAGCAGCUGUGGUGGUGAAAAAGGCAAAGCUUCGUACAACCCUGACCCCAGAACGGACUUCUGCAGAAAGAGCAAUUAAAGCAAUUUGAAUCUAUCAGCAGCAGAAGUGAUUCCGACAGCCUUCCCAACAACACCCCGAGACGUGACAUGCAGAAGUGCGGCCUCCGAGAGGAAGAUGGUACAUCACAAACUGCACUGAGAACCUCCCCUGGCUGCCAUACCUCCUCAUAUCAGAUGUGCUUUACACCUCCGUACCGUUACGUUACACUUCUGUGAUUGUACUCAUUCAUGCUAGCAAAUGGCUUAUUUUUAUACAACAUUUCCAACUGAAAUAUCUUUCUGUGGACAGAGUCUAGAAUCAGAAAAGGACCGAUUUAUAGUCAACUGGUGCUCAGUACUGAAAAACAAGCAAACAGACCAAACAAAAAAAAAAGCAACAAAAAAUUGAAAGGCCAAUUAUGGCAAUACAUGCAAAAGUAGGGAUUUGGAAGCACAACAUAAAACUCCGUCAAACAAGGGCCACAUACCUAUGGUGGAGCUGUAGCUCUCUCAAAGCCAGUCGUGUUUUGACUCAGAAACUAAGUUUUGCAUCAUAAAGGAAUCGUGGCUCUGCCACUUCUUGUUGUUCAUUUAUGAACCACGUUCAUGGGGACAACCAACUCUUUAUGGGUCUGGAAUUUUUGCAAAAAGAUGUUAAAACCCUCUACCUUCCACUGUCCGAUGAAAGCAGGCCAUGGUUUGUUUAGAUUGUUUUUCCUCUAUAUUUUAAACUAUUAUUAAAAUGCCAAUUGUGUAUCUGCCCUCUAUCUGUUUAAUUUUCUCUUCAAACAAGCCCACUGUCUGUAGGAGGUUACUGUUCCUUUCAUGAAUCAGUAUCAACUCUCUGACUUACAGGGCUUCCUAACUCAGGAGACAGCACCAUGUUUGCAGGUGCAAGGUUAUAAAUAGCAUUCUGCUAAAUCCUCUUUAUUGCUGUUUAGCACAAUUGGAUCCUCAAUAACUAAUUCACGUGUUAAUCACAAUUUAGUUUCUCCCAUGUUCAUUUAUAGAAUACUGUUGUAGAUGCUGAAUUCUAAUUAAACUUUUUAGAUGCAUAAAUAUGGCCAUACAUAACAGUAUUUGAUGGUUAACAAUUCUUUAAUACCAAAAGAUUACAAUCAGGCAAAAUAAAGACUCAAGUUUAUGACUGAUAUGUUUGAAGUGAGGAGCUGUACUAAAUACGCAAAGCUGCAACCUCGGCAGAGGUCUGGCUUUUUGGAUAAAUGUGGGAUGCCUGCCAAUGGAAAAUCAGACCUCAGCAGGUUUUUUCAUCCUGGUUGCCCAAAUCAGAAAUCUCUUAGGAAAUUCUUAGCCUAUACAUAUUGGCCUGCUAACUUAGCAAAACCGUUGAGCAAAUCUGUCUACUUCAAAAGAGUUGUAAAGUUAUUUUAUUUUGUGGUUUUAUACUUGUAUGACACUCUAAAGUUCCUAGGCAUUGCCAUAUUUGAAUAUAUGGCACAACAUUCACCUUUGUAUGUAAGAUACCUGUAGAAUUGUAUAUUAUACAUUUAAUAUUGUAAAGAACUUAACGUAUAAUUGUCAUGUAUUUGUGUAUGCACAUUUCUUAUACAGUACUUCAUGCCAUAAACAUUUCUGUAAAGUAAAUGAUCAAAAAUAAGCAAGUAGGGUGGAACACUCACUGUAUCUCCCACGUUGUUUGAAAGGUGAGAAGUUCUGAUUGCAUCUCCUCUGGCCUUUUGCUCCAUUCAGCUUGAUGUAGCCACGUCUUACAAAAAGAGAAGGAAAAAAUGGUUUUAUUUAUUACUUUCAUACAUCGAGUUGACUUGAAGUUCAAAAUAUCCUUAAAUAGUCCAUUCUGCUCCUUGUUUUUAUCCUAUGUAUGCUUUUGUCCUGCAUUUCUGUCUAGGGAGACUUAGUACUAGCAGAGGCUGAACGCAUGUCUGUGCAUCCUCCUCCUUUCGUUACCUCUCAGCUAGGAGAUAAAGGUGAAUAUGUCACGCUUACAUUUAAAAACACCCCGUUGUGCCAUUCUUACUCAGGCAAAGCCACCGCAGAGGUGCACCUGGGUUGUCUGCCAGCAGGAGCGGCUGCUGCGUACCUGCGUGGUGCUGAGCAUGGCCCACUUGCACUGAAGUUCAAGGCAGCCAGCUCUCUUACACACUUGGAAGCAGGGCGCGUUUAGGUGUAUGUGGACAGUCACUGGAAGUAUUUGUGGUUGGUUGGUUGGUUUUUCUUCAGUUUGGUGUUUACCGUUCGUUUUUCUGCUCAGUAAGGCAGCUCCAGCACUUCGGGCAGUUUGCAAAGGUGGCAUCGUGAAAAGUUCCAGGCUGCGCCAGCCACGUUCAUGUGAACUUGAGACAGAAAGUUUGAGCCAUGACAUCACAGCAUUAACUGCAGAAUAGCACUAAGUCAAGGAAGACAUGUGGAAACAAUCACUUUGUUAGAAGAAAUAUGCCUUUAAAAAAAAAAAGUUAAGCUAGGACACAUUUUUUUAGUUAGUAACUUCAGGUCACUUAUUUAAAGUUUAUUACAGUUUCAUUUAUAUCUUUUUUACUUAUUUCCCUGUAUUCUUAGGCAGCAAUAUCAGCAAAAACCAAUUUGAAUUUUUACUUCUGGCCUUAAACUAUAGCAACGUAACUUAAUUAAGAACAUUGCUUAGUGUUGCUAAAACAGGUUUUAAAAUAUCGCAGAAUCUCCAAUAAAACUGUGGUGUGCAGCCAGCAAAUGUUUUCAUUACGAAGGCCAGAAAGCAAACGUAGCUUGGUUUUAACCUAAUUUGAUGGAACAGAAUUGUUCUGACCCUUUUUUUGCUGAGCACCGAAGCUGUGGCCUAAAGAUCAGUCUUUGCAAGCCCUUUUUGUACAACCCCGUGGCACCGCUCCGUUCCCACAUCUGAAAAGAAAUGGAUGAAUGUUAUGUUGUGCUUAUUGGACCGAUCGCCCUUGAAAAGGCAACUGUUGAGUGCAUUCAUUCACUGCAUUAAUAGCAUCAAGGUUUGUUGACAAUUUUAUUAGAUGUUUAACAAAGGAUAAGAAUCAGCACAACAAAACAUUGAAGUAUUUGGUUUUAAUAUUUCUUUGUGGGUAUCCUGUUAAUAUUUUAAUGCAAAAUGUUUCUGAACAGUGCUUAAGAACUACCAGACAAUGUGAAAUUCAUGUUUGAUAAAUUAAUACUAUGUCACUCGAUGUGUUACUUUAGUAAAUUGUUUUAUUUCUUUACAAAAUAAGUACAAAUAAGGGAGUAUGUUUUCACACAAAUUGGGGGUAUUUACGAGUAUGUACAGAAAUCAUCAAAAUAACGUAAUUCUAAUAAACACAAGGCCUUUAUAAACAAUAUGUACAAAUUAUCAAUACAUUUAAAACAUAAUUUUACACUUCCUGGCCUUAAAUACCUUAUGAAUAAUCUUUUGGCUAAAUAGCAGCAGUAUAAAUUUUCUUCUGCUUUUCAUAAACCUUAAAAAAUAAUUAAAACUUUUGUUUUUAAAACUAUUGGACAAAUAGUUCUAUUUGUGCUUUCGCUACGGUUUCCCAUUAAAAAAAAAAAUAUUGCCUCAAAAAAGUGGCAAGCAUAACGUAGUAAAAAUCAAAAAGAUAAAUAAGCAAAUGUCUCCCUUCCACGGUUACCGGUAAUACUGUCACGUCUGAAGUACGACUCGUGCCCACCUCCUUGCUGAGCAAUCCUAUCCAAUACCCACUUAAAAAGACUCGAACUAACUUUGCUUGGCUCUGGUGUGGGCCCCCGAAAAUCCAAUUCAGCAAAGCGUUUAAAAAGCAUUCAUCCCACCAUAAGUACUUACAACUACCCAUAUGCUUAAAGUCAUGCACCUGUUCAUGAGCCUCUCUGGACUGGAGUCCUCAGGUCCAAUCGUCCACGGUAAAGCACCACCGCCAGUCCCCGCAGCACCCGCCCCCAGGGCACACCUGGCUCUCGUGACUGCCAGGGGGGAACCAGAUCCCAAAAGCUUCCUUUACAGUGACUUGAAUAAUCCAUAUAGAAUACUCUAAAAUCUUUCCCAAACAAUACUCUCUUUUAUAACCAUCAUUAAACCAUACUCUUUGCAAUAAAUAAAUUAAGAUAUUUUUAGAAAAUAAAAGAAUUCAUGUCACUAACUGCUACAAAUGUGCAAAAGGUUGAAGAGAUUAAGAAAACAACGGGAAACUACUCAAUGGACUGCAGCUGGGACCCAAACACACAGAUUUCAUACACUUAGGAUUUGGUUCAGCAAAUGGCUGAAGGAAUGCGCUGUGCUGUAAAAGCGAGAAUCCUAAAUAUAUCAAAUUUGUGGCAGCGUGCAUUGGUUAUUCUUUUAGCUGUGCAAAAAAUUGCAAUUAUAUCUAAUCUAACAGGUAUUACCAUGGUUAGUGGAAUAGUGCUGGCAAACCUUAAAGGAAAACCAGCACUGUCAGUGAACACAAAGGUUUUCCCCGUUCAGGUCCCAAUCCUCCUGGCCAUGACAUCUUCGUGAGCCACUGCGGCAUUCUUUCCAUUUAUGUAACUUCAAUGCCACCUAUUUUAGCCUUAUCUAAUGUGGCCAAACGCAGUAAGCCUUUGAAGUUGGUUACAUCUGUGGAUUUAACAUUUUAAAACCUUUUGCACAUUUUUUUUUUUCUUUUUUACAUAAAGGGAAUUUAUUGCAUGUGUCUGACAGU